AUGGCUUCAUUGAGUCUCACAACGACUCCUACUGGUGUACUGUUACCAGUUUGUAUCCUGGCAGUUUUUCUUUCAUGUGUUGUGUGCGUCUACCACUGGCACAGCGUCAGAGAACGAAGAUUAGACUUAGAAGACGAACGAAAGAGAAGAAGUCGGAUCGUCUCCGAUUUUGACACUGGCUGUGUUUUGAGAACUUUAAAGCCAGUUGAUAAGGUGAAUACCAACCUUAAUCUUUCAUCUUUUUUGCUCGGACGAUUGAGUACUCUUUGCUUUAGUCAUACAGCAUCGCUCCAUUUCAUUGUUUUUAAACGUUAGUACCUGGUAUACUCUUCUUGCUAAUUUAUGUAAGUCAAUCUCUUUACAGGUAAAUAAAAUAUUAACUAAUAAUUUCGCGAUCUUUUAUAUAAUUGCUUUGAUUAAUAAAUAGAGAAGGAGAGAUUUCUGUAUAGCAAGAUUAUAUUUAAAAGCAAAGCGUAAGUCCUAAAGACAAAUAACUAAAGGGGGUGAGUUUCUAAACUGUGGCGCUAUGUCCGUGGGGUUGAGUAUAACAAGAUAAUUUGGUUUUAUCAACUGGGUUAAGAGGGGGUCAUCGAGGCCUGUUAGAAACCGCAAAACCGUAGAAAAAAAUCAUCCAAAACCGAAAAACCGAAAAUCGCAUGAAAAACUGUCAAAACCGAUACAUUUUCACAUCCCAGUAUAUUAAAACCCUGAUCGAUCUGAUACAAUGGUGACAAGUGGAGCAUACAAUGUGAACUACACUAAUUUUAUUACAGGAUUUAUGAAUGCCACGGACUUGGCAUUCGUAUCUUCUAGUAUCUGCUUAAUUAACAGCUGCUCUCUCGAGGACCUCGAGCGUGGUUUCUGCGGAUUCAGCAGCUGGUAAUGGAGCCUAGUUAAAUUAAGGAAAUUCGCACAAAAGUCCUCAAUAGGAUUGCAAUUUUGCAGUCGCAAAAAGCUAUGGCUCUGGAAAGUUUCAUCGAAAAUCCUUAAUCUAACAUUUCCAUUUGCGAACUAAGACCUGAAAGUUUGGAGACUUCGAGGUGGCAUUGAUAAAGAAACUCUGGCAAUGUUCCGUGCUGAGCCGUACCCAACCCUCCCCUCCCCCUCACCUUGGCGUAGGGGAAGUGGAAGGGUACGGCUACACGUAGGCUACUUAGGGAUCCCCGCGAUAUUUCAAUUGGUUUGUCACGCAUUCCUCUCGAUAACAUUUGCGUUUAGCGGCUAUUCGAGAUCAGUGGAGACGCGUAAUUGCCGCUCAGAUCGAAGAGAAACUGGAACCCAAAUAGGUCAAAUAGGAAAAACCGAAAACCGCAUCGAUAUCAAAUCCGAAAACCCGUUAGUAUUUUUCGCGAAAAUCGAAAACCACAUGCUAAAAAACGGAAAAUCCGCAAACUACUAUGAACACCAAAACCGAAAAGCCGAAGUUUUUUCGGCGCAAAAACCUAUCUAAAAAUAGCCAAAACCGCAAAACCGAAAAUCCCAAUUCUCCCCCUCCUCCUCGGUUAAUGAUGUAAAUUGGCUAUUGUAAAGAGUUUCAAGGCUGACGUUUCAAGCGUUGGCUUAUAGCCCUUUGAAAAUGUUGUUUUCGACAUUGUAUUCAUCAUCAUCAUCAUCAAACUAUAUGCAUAAUGAAGUAUGGAGUUAGAUGGAAGUCUUGCUCUGCAGCAUCGAGUUAUUAUUUUAUCUUUCUCUAAAUAUAGUUAUCAUUGUCCUCCUAACAUUUAGAAAGUUCGAAUGUACCCAUGGAAGUCCACAAGAAUUAGAGACUUGCCUGACAUCAAUAACAACGAUGGAUUCGAGAUUCCCUACAGUUUAGCUGAGAGCAGCAAAGGUCGCCGUCGUCCAGUCAUGAGUCACUUUUCAGAGCCUUACGAGAGGCCUGAAUUGAAAAGGAACCCCAUUCAUAUUCUCGGGAGCUAUCAGGUGACGUGACAAACUCCUAAGGGACCUGUUCUUAUCUAUCGCUGGGGGGAGGGGUGGGUCGGACGAUUUUGGUCAGUGUCACGAGAAAAUUUAGUUGUUCUUCCCCUAAGAAUCUGUACGAUUCUUAUAAUCCUCCUGAUUGGCGGUUAAUUUUCGGUACAUUUUCUAUGUUCCUCCCUCUAUGCUCUGUUGGCGACAGCUGAUCCUCCUCCGUUUCACUGGAAAACCAUGUAAUACCCCCCGAAUUUUUUCAUUCAGUAGGCUUUAUUUUAACUCACGUCGCAAACCAAUAUCUAAUCUCUCUUUCGUCAGAAACUGGUAUUAGUUUAACGCUCUCAUCAUCAUGGUCUGCAGACACUCCAACCAGUAGCUGCUUUGUGGCUUCCAUGGAUGAUGACUGUUACGUCACUGGCAUACGAGAAGAAGUUAUUCAUUUGACGCACUUUGAUCUGGAUGGACAAGUAGUGGUGCAAACAGUUAAUGGUUCCUUGUUGGAAUACUGGGUGUAA